GGUCGCGUAGACACGCCGCGCCUGCGUUCGGUGUAAAGUGUGAUCGUCUGAACAUAAACUUCUCUACUCGCAUUGAACAUCUAAUAUCUAAGUAAAUACUCAAAAACUGACAAAUUAAAAUAAAAUUAACACAUGUUCAAAUGGACCAUAUUAAUGUUAUAAAAAAUUAAACAAAUAACAGUGAAGUGUUAAAUUUAAUUGUGUAUAAACUGUUAGUUACAAAAAACAAGACUUAUAAGUGAAAAUAAAAAUUGACUGAAACAAUAUGAUUGUGAAAAGGCUAAGUUAAAGCAUCCGCUUCAUAUGUGACUUACAACAAUCGAUAGAUUUGGCGUGCACUUCAUAGUUGCAUGAUGCACUGCCUAUGUAAACUCAGUACUGAAGAAGGAAUUUUCCAUUUCAUAUAAUUUGUACGUAGGUACUACCCCAGUUAAUAAAGUUGUGCACGCCUCUGUCUUGAGCUAUGACGAUGCUGGCGAUGUCGCGAGGCUCAGAGGACAGACGGGAGGAGGAGGCCGAGGCGGAGGCAGAGGCCAACGGGGAGGUGGACGUCGUGGGGGUUGAAGAGGCGGCGCCAGUGGACCUCACGAGGCGGCUGGGCCUCACCAGGCCUCCCGACCGGCCCUCGAUCGCGUUCUCCGUGGAGAAUAUACUGGACCCAACAAAGUUCACCGGCCGGUCGGAGGUGCCGCUACGUUAUGAUGAAUACUGGAGGCCUCAUUACGAUAGGGAUGACAGUGACUCUGUGAAGGACCACCUCCAACACUCGGACAUAGAAGCGGACGAUGUCGAAACGGACGACCAGACGUCCAACAUGGAUGACGACAUCCUCACCCAAUCAGACCUGGACGAAAACGGGGACCCUAAGAGUCCAACCAGCUCCGGUUCCAAGAAGAAAAGCGGAUCCUCGAGGGACUCUAAAGGGGGGACGAAACCCAGAAGGGCUCGAACUGCCUUCACCUAUGAACAGCUGGUGUCUCUAGAGAAUAAAUUCAAGACCACUAGGUAUCUGUCAGUCUGUGAGAGGCUUAACUUAGCAUUGAGCCUAAGUUUAACGGAGACACAGGUAAAAAUCUGGUUCCAAAACCGCAGAACGAAAUGGAAAAAGCAGAACCCUGGGCUUGAUGUCAACAGUCCAACCGUUCCUCCGCCUCCAGCGGGAGCCUUCUCCACGGGCCCCUACCCUGGGGGGCUGCUCUACUCCCACGGGGUCCCCUACCCGUUCACGGGGCCGGGGCCAUACGCGCCAUACUUCCACCACCUGGCUGCGAACCACCACCACAGCCACGGACCCCUGGGUCACUCUCACACGUGAUUGUGGCAGCGACCGGGGUCCCAAGACCCGAGGGUCGAAAAGGAACAUGAAAGUGGACUGUCUAAUUAGUGAUAACGUUUACUAUUAUUAAUAAAAUAUAAAAUAUUAUUUAUUAUACCAGUCAGUGAGAUGUUAGGCACCUCCAGAGAAAGCCCUCAUUCGCACGAGAGCUUUUUAACGGACGUUAAGAGCGCGCAGCGCGUCGGUACGAUAUGGAUAAAAUUCGAAGCGCAAGCGAGAUGCCGAAUUAUGACUUUCACGUGAGUGAAAAGCACGGAGCGAUUGACGCGCGCGCAAAUUUUACGACGUGAGCGCCAAAACCAUUUUUACCUAAUUGCAAGUAAAUUAAACAACAUAACGAAAAACAAAAUGGCCAUGUUCAAGAUAAAUACCUAAUUUUCUAUACAAAACAAAAAUUUAAGAAAAUAAGUUUAUUUUCCUGAGAUUGAAAGCAAAAUGUGAGCAAAACAUGUAUUUUUCAAAAAAAUUAACUAUCGAGAAAAGUUUUACAAAUUGUGUAUUUUGUAUAGUCAUAACGAAGCUAACACUUUGAAAUAUCAUUCACCCAAAUAUCAGGCUCCUAACUUUUCCAGAAUCUGAGAUCCAGAACCAUUUGUAACCACCAAAUUACAUAUUGCACACUCUUAAAUACAACAAAUGCAUUUCCAAGUAUAUGUUCACACGACGUUUUUAAACCUCUCGACUCAAAAAAAUACUUGUUCUAAUCACUUGAAAAUUUAACCAUUUUUAUGUCGAGAUAAAUCAAAGGGUACUACCACAUCUCGACAGGACGAUUUGGGUUUCGGUAUUUUCGUAAAAAACAAUACAAGUUAAGUACAAUUAGUCAAACUUGACGUUUCAAAAGUGCUUCUAAACUAAGCCUACUUAAAAUAAAAGAAUUUUGAAUUUGAAUUAAGUUAACCAUUUUGUUAUGUCAAAGUAAUCUCAAAGAAUUAAUCAUAAAUAAGUUCCUAUCGAUAAAUAAUUUCGUCCAUUAAAAAGUAAUGUUUUUAGAAUAUGACAUAACCCUAGAGGUGAUAACAUCUCCCUGACAUUUAUAGUGAUACGUGGUUUUACAUGCUUAUAUUACAAUAUUGGACAGUGAUUUUUAAUCUAUAAGUAUAUUUAGUGUAAAUAAAUUAUUAUAAUAAUACAUAAUGAAACGGUUGCGUAAUGUUAGCCACAAACAGUCAAUUAUCUCACGUUUCUGUAGCACCCACGACUAUAAUUGAUCGUGUGUCUGCGUACAUGACUUGUACAGUAUGCCGCGUAUGCGACGUUUGCUUUUCAGAAACGUGAGAAUAAUUGACCGUCAAUGGCGACCUUAAAAGGGGUUAUCAAAACUCGAGUGUAGUUUUUAAAUAAACAAGGUUUAUAAACUACACUCAGUAGUUUUGAUACAAAAUUAUGUGCCGUUUUAUAUUCUCCUUUAUAUAAACCCAAGCAAUUAGUAACAAUAAAACGUUAAAGCAAAAGAAAAUAAUAGUCAGGGAUCCGUAGAAUUUUUUUUACAACUGAUUACUAUCAAGUGAAUUUUCCGUGAGUAGCUUCAUCUCGAUGAGACGAUCAACUUUUUUAUUUACGAAAAUUCUUGAUUCGGGUAGCUGGGUACCAGGAAAUAAAAAUUUCUGAGCGUCGGAAUGAAAUAAUGUACCACGCAAAUUGUAAGACAUUGUGGCUGUUAAGUUGUAUAACUAUUAAUUAAUCAUCAGUAAUAGAAAACAUCUGGUUAGUAACAAAUUUUUAUAAACUACCCUCUUACCAACUUGUAUCAAUAAGGAAUAAAUAUAUAAUAGAGUAAUAAUAAAAUUAGUUACUGACCAGCCGUUUGUUUUUAAUGUUGCUUAAUUAAUUAAAAUGUAAAUAACAUUUUUUUAAACUUGAUAGUAAUCAGUUACAAAAAAUGUUCUACGGAUCCCGGACUAUUAAUGAUUAAUAUAUUAUACCAAUGUAAAUACACAUUCAAUUUUUUUACAAUUUUUUAUUUGAGACAAUUAAUUUGCUUGAGAUUUUGAUUAUUUUCAAUUAAAACUUUCAGAUUUGGCAGACGAUAAUAAUCGAUCAAUAAUAUUUUUUUUUAACUAACCUAGUUAAUAAUUUAUCUUAUAAGUAAAUCUGAUAGUGCAAUUUUAUGUAUUAAUUGUAAUAUUAAAUUAACGUAAGAGCCUUCACACACGACGAACGUUCGACGCGGAUUGGAUUGGUUAUGCGUUUUACAAUAAAUGAUAAAUUUUUAUUUAGAAAUAUUACUAUAAAUAUAUAUAAUAAUAAUAUAAAACUUAUACAAUUGCCGCUGAACUAUUUAAACCUUACUUCUUCAGAAAAAAAAAUUAAAUAAUCGAAACACCAACAAAGUGCUAAUUUAUUAUUGUUAAGAGUUGAACAGCGAUAAAAUAAGUCUUUUUUUUCACCAUUAUUUUUAUUAUUCUCAUUAGUUACUAAUUGAUUUACAAGAAAUAGCAUAUUGUGAUAUAAAAUAAACGAUUUUUGUAAAUAAUGGACCUGUGUAACCUUUAUACUAUAACCAUGGCAAACGAAUACAAUUUAAUAGCGUUUGUCAAGCUUUGUCGCGCGCCAAAAUAUCGCCGUGUGUAAAGACUCUUAUUAGAUUAUAAGGUAAAAUUAUGAAUCAAUUGUGAUACAUAUUGUAAGAAAAAAUUCUUUUGAAAAUAGUCAUACUUUAAUUCUGAUAUAUUAUUUUUUCUGGAGUCCUUAAUUAAUGAAAAUAUUUAAUUUUAAAUCUAAUGCAGCAGAUUUUAUAAGAUAGAUAUAUUACAUACUUUAUGACGUUGGCACUAAACUAAAUAAAGCCAACUCGACAAACAAACGAAGCCAACAAAUUAAUAAUCAAAAAUGUUUUUUUGAAAAUAAAAAACCAAGCAUUUACAUAAACUCUUUGUCUUUAACAUGUAUUUACUAGAGUUUUUGCUAAGACAAAUGAAGUUACAACUCGAUGGAUUUAUCUAAUUUACCCAUAUUUAGCUUACGAGAUUCUAAAGCCAUUAUUUGACUACAACAAAUUAACUUUAUGGCAUAUGGUUUAGAAUCGACGUCAAAAAGUCAUUCUAAUAUGGUUUCCAAGAUUUGAUCAUACACACAAACUAAAAUUAUUUUAUCUAUACAGAAUCUUGUAAAAUUAUUACCAUUGUCACAUUUGACUUAGUCCAUUGCUAAAUACCUAAUACUACUAUUAAUAAUACUACAUGAAAAAAUAUUUUGAAACAGAAUUAAUAAAAUAUAAUUAUUUUACAAUACCUUUAGUUUUUCUAAUGAAAGUAGAGACAGAAAUCGCCCGCCAAAUUAAAAAAAAAUUAAACAAAUUAAAAAAAACAUGCGUUUUCAUAAUUUUUUAAAAUUAUUUUUUGUUUGUGAAUACAUUACUACACAAACUAUAGGUAUUAAACUCAGUUAUUCCAUAUUUGCACAAUAGUUUUGAGAAUUUACUCCGACUUUUUUAAAUCACAGGCGAUUUCAGUCUGUACAUUCAUUAGCCAAACUCUAGAAUGAUUCCGUUUACAUUUUUAAACUGUCCAUGUCCUGGGGUUCUAGCCUAUUUACGCAUUGGGGUUCUAACCAUACACAGACAUGUAACAAACAUAAAAUGAGAAAUAGUGUCACUGAAAUGUCAUAAACUACCUUUUUUUUUGCCGAUGGACGUCCACUGCAGGACAUAGGCCUUUUGUAGGGACUUCCAAACAUCACGAUACUGAGCCACCUGCAUCCAGCGAAUCCCUGCGACUCGCUUGAUGUCGUCAGUCCACCUGGUGGGGGAUCGACCAAAACUGCGCUUUCUAGUACGGGGUCGCCAUUCCAGCACAUCGGAAUCCCAAUGACCAUUGGCUCUUCGAACUAUGUUCAGUUUUACAUUACAUUACGGCACGUGUGCAUAAUGAGAUACAUUACGAUGUUGAACUUGGUGAAUUAAGAGAUACUUUACAAGCAAAUGUGUUAUAAAAUACAUUUAAUUAAUUAACCUAAUUAUUUAAUAAAUUGUUAAUAAUGUACAGUCUAACUUAAGUCGUGCUAUGUAUCCUAUCAAAUUGUAUAAUAUCAUUAUUAUUAAUCGAUUAAGCUUAAAUAAGAAUUUAUUUAAAUUAUAUGAUAUGCUGAAAAAAUGCUCAACGCUGUACAUAUAAGCAUGGUGAGAACUUAAUUUGUAAACUCAAUGUUGAUUAUAAAUAGU